AUGCCCAAACCACAGCAAUGUCCACGACCGGAUCGCCUGCCCCAUGACUUCACAUCGCGGCGAUCUCUUGACGCGAGAAAAUGGACGGUCGUCCAGACGUCUCGCGGACGGUCUGUUAAGCAAUCUUCAAGUCUAGGCACAAGAUACGAAAAUUGGAUGGUUUGCGAGUUCGACCCCGAUAGUUUUGCCGCGCUACGCCGUGAAUACUCUGUCCUAUCCAUUAUCUCUCGGAUUACCUCCCCAAUCGGUCACCCUCGUAUCAUCAGGGCCGAUUUCAAGUCUGGUGUUCUCGUGGUCAGCUCGCCGAAGGUCUUCUGGAGACCACUUUGGCAGCGUGUGAAGGAGCCGGUCCUCGAUCUCGAUUCAUUACUUCAGAUGAAGCGCGAAUUGGUUGACUAUAUCCGGUUAUUGUACGCCCAAGGUGUCGAGUAUAAAGUCAAGCCGAAUAGGCUGUUUCCUAUCAGAAAAUCGGCCGGUGGCUGGCUACUGUACUUGGGAGGGUGGGUGGAUACGGAUUUCUGCUCGACACCAGAUCGAAUCCAAUCAAAUGAGUGGAAGGGACAAGAGGAGGAGCAGUUGAAAGAAGUAGAGCGAAUGUUCACUGAAUACAGUGCUCGUGUGAAUGAAAGGGAUAAAGCGAAGUGCAAUGCGGUCAACCACAACUACAAAUGA